GUUUAUUUUCAUAAUUCGUGGUUCCAGCUGAACACUCAGUGUAGCUUAGCCAAUCACAGCAGCGAAGCCGCCCCAGUCUGGCCGCUUGGGCGCAACAAGUCAAAGCCGGAGCUCCGCCGCGCAUGCUGUGCAAUUGGGAAUCUGGAGUCGACCACUUGUCCAGUACCUGUAUUAGACUUAUUUCUUCUUUGUCCUGUUAUGUCCGUUACGCAUGUCUGGAAGACCUCUGAUUGAUUGGGUUUUAUUAUUGACGUUUCAUCCAAGCCCCUGCAGCUGGUACCUUCUUUUUUAAGAAAAGAAAGUCCGUCGGCUUUCCCAUAAACAGAGUCCCACCGCGCGCAGGUUUUCAGCGCAAUUUAACGCUCUUAUACCCACGACAUAUCAAACACAUUUCACCACUUUAGUUCUUGCGGUCUGCGAUGUCUGCGUUCGGUUAGCUGACCGAUCCUGCCUACGAUGGCUUCGAAUAGCCAUGACCGCGGCACCAAUGUCGAUAGUCAUCCUACCGAAUACUCAAUUCCCUUACAAGAUUUGUCUGAACCGUUAUCGCAUGAUACAACAGGCAAUGCUAGGACCAAUUUACGCCCCGGGCGGUCUCUGACCAGGCGCACGAGUGACUAUGAGAGGGUAGCUGUGGAUUCCCCCGUUGAAGACACAACUGCGACACAAAAUGCACGGGGGCGCCGAGGUUCAGAUGCCGCCCCAGUCGAAAAUCCAGAGGCAUUUGCUCAGGCGAUAUCCUCGGUCGGACUCAGUUUCGACGGUCCAUCAAGUGCAAGAACUUCGGUGAGAUACAGCCGUGAUGAUGCUGGCUCCGACUUCGACGUCGUACGCUUAGAUACUUUUGGACAGCAAGAAGCAGAGCAUUACCUUUCACCAAACUCAUUCGCCGACACCACACCAUUAACGGAUACCCACAACAUUCAACCUAUAAGUGGAGCGUCUAGCUCGCGUAGCCUUCCACAAGAUGAUCGAAGUAGCGCUCGAACCGUUCACUUCCCUACGGGGUCGCGCCUAGGAGAUGAUUUGGAGAGCGGAUUCAGUGGAAGGCGUCGCGGCGGCAGUAGUGGCGCAGACAGGGCUCGCUCACUGUCACCAUCGGCGUCAGGCUCCGCUUUGCAACGUGCUAGUUCGAUGAUGAAGUCAAUGUCUCAGCGUGUCGUCAAUCUGAGUAACGAGCCUGAAGUGGUUGAACAGUCGAUCCUACGAGAGGAGUCACAGAAGAGCGCGCGGCUAGAUGCGCCUCCUUCUCUCCCAUCGCUACCGGAUUAUGCUCAUGAUGCACCAUCUACUUCGUCGCUGGACAGCCAAGCAAAAUGGAGAGAUCAUAACAACCCGUUGAGAGGGAAGGCUCUCGGAAUCCUGGGCCCGAAUAACCCUAUUCGAGUGAGGUUGUGCGAUCUGCUUGUCCAAUCAUUCUCAGAACUUUUCAUUCUAGUAGUGAUUAUCAUCCAGAUGAUCUUACUCACCAUCGAGUCGGCACGUCCCGCAUAUACAAGGUCUGAGCGAUGGGGAGCUAAUCCAAUGGACUAUUCUUACUUUGUCAUCUUUAUUAUUUACACCCUUGAACUUAUCGCCAAGAUACUGGUGUCUGGGUUCAUCCUCAACCCAGCCGAAUACAGUACCAUAGAUCGAUCUCUGGGGUAUAGAAAAGCAUUUAUGGAAAAAGGAAAGAAUCUUAUUACCCCACAACGACAGUUCUCUACGAGGAGGCCGUCAACUGCUCCAGAACACCCGCAAGCGUCAAUCAUACGGACUUUUACAGGCGGCUUGAAUCAAAUUGAACGGCAGAUAGUUGAUGACCCUCUCCAGAAACGUCGCGAGCGACUCGCUCACCGUGCUUUCCUCCGACAUUCUUUCAAUCGUCUUGACUUUGUGGCUGUAGUAGCCUAUUGGAUAGCUUUCUUCCUUGCGAUAGAAGGGGUGGAGAGUCGUCAGCAGCUCUAUGUUUUCCGCAUGCUCAGCUGCCUUCGGCUUUUGCGUCUUCUCGCCUUGACUAAUGGCACUUCUGUUAUUCUUCGAAGCCUUAAAAAAGCAGCUCCCCUGCUGGCCCAUGUUGCGUUUCUCAUAGGGUUUUUCUGGCUCCUCUUUGCUAUUGUGGGAAUACAAAGCUUUAAAUCCAGUCUCCAGAGAACUUGUCUUUGGAUUGGUAAGGAUGGCCAAGAAGAUUUUGCUCUGAAUGAUGCUUCUGGUACCCUUCAGUUUUGCGGGGGUUAUAUCAAUGAAACUACCGGCGAGAAACAUCCUUGGGUUCCACGAUCUGGUAACCCCAAAACUACGGCUUCAGCCAAGGGCUACCUUUGCCCUGCGGGCUCUAUAUGCAUUGAAAAUGACAUGCCUUAUAAUGGGACUAUGAACUUUGAUAAUAUUCUCAACUCGUUGGAGCUUGUGUUCGUUAUCAUGAGCUCAAACACGUUCACCGACCUUCUUUACUAUACAACAGACAGUGAUUAUCUCGCAGCUUCCCUUUUUUUCAUAUGCGGAUUCAUCAUUCUAAGCCUGUGGUUGGUGAACUUGUUAGUCGCCGUGAUCACACAUUCUUUCCAGGUCAUCAGAGAAGAGAGUAAACGGAGCGCUUUCGCUGUUCAGAAAUUAGACAAUGUUGAAAAGGAAAACCAUGACCCUCGCAAGAUGAGCACUCUCAAACGCCUUUAUAGCAAGACUAAGUGGCUCUGGGUCUGUAUCAUUAUAUUUGACCUAGUUGUCCAAGCGUUGAGAAGUUCCUCCAUGUCCGAUGACCGAAGAGACUUUAUUGACAACACGGAAACCAUUGUGACGCUUGUUCUGCUUGCUGAGAUUAUCUUGCGUUUCGCCUCGGAUUGGCGCAAAUUCCACAAGAAGCGUCGUAACUGGGUUGACCUAGGGCUCGUGGUCAUUACCUGUAUCAUCCAGCUUCCAGUUAUUAGGGGUUCGGGGCGACCAUAUACUGUCCUCACUCUCUUCCAAAUUCUGCGGGUAUACCGCGUGGUGCUAGCGUUUUCGGUCACCAGGGACCUCAUCACGGUCGUCUUCCGGAACACCGUUGGUUUGCUAAACCUGAUAGCUUUCUUGUUUAUGAUCACUUUUAUUGCCUCCAUAUUUGCAACGCAGCUAUUUCGCGGUUCGAUUCCUGAAGGAGACGAUGUUGAUACCAACUUUAACAACAUAUAUAAUUCGUUUCUUGGGAUGUAUAUAGUACUGUCCAGCGAGAAUUGGACAGACAUUCUAUAUAACGUAACUUCAUACACUUACCCCUUUCGGACUGCCUGGAUUUCUGCAACUUUCAUGAUUUUGUGGUUCAUCGUGGCAAACUUCAUCGUUCUAAACAUGUUCAUUGCCGUCAUACAAGAAAGUUUCGAUGUGUCAGAAGAUGAAAAACGACUCCAACAAGUACGAGCAUUCUUGAAACAGAAACAGGUCAAUGGGUCUUCACAAGGGAACCUCUCCCUUUCGAAAAUUCUUCGGUUGGGCCGAGACUCAGACCGUUACAAGGAACCCCUGGACCAUGGGCCGGCGGCACUAGAGAUGCUGUUAAAAGAUGCUGUUGUGCAAGAGUUCCUCGACGAGCAGCAAGCGCCUGCAGAACAUCAACGGAGCGAAGGCGGACCUCAGGAGACCACAGCGACGGAGGAGACCGGCCAGCCGGGCUUGUUCUCGCGCAUGUGGACUUCCGUCUCGACGUCGAUCAUGCGCAAAGAACCGAACCCAUUUUAUACCAAUCUGAAUAAAUUUUCUCGGGCAAAUGAAGAGUUGGACCCCAGGGAAAUGGCUAAGGAGGUCGUGUCGGCUGCGGAACAAAGGAAGCGAGCUCAGAGGGAGUAUCUCAUGAGACAUCCAAACUACAACAAAUCUUUAUUUGUCUUUGCACCAGAUAACCCUAUCCGGAGGCUGUGCCAACGCAUUGUGGGACCUGGGCGUGGUAAUCAACGCAUCGAAGGCGUGGACCCUUAUAAACCUGUCUGGUAUGCAUUCUCUGCGUUCGUCUAUGCGGCCAUUGUCGCUAUGGUUCUCAUCGCAUGUAUCGCCACACCAAUCUAUCAACUUGAGAACUACCCUUCAAAUAGGCAGUGGUUCAUUUACACUGAUAUGGGCUUCGCCAUCUUGUUCACAGUCGAAGCCCUUAUCAAGGUCAUUGCAGAUGGGUUUUACUGGACUCCAAACGCCUACUUUCGCGGCUCAUGGGGCUUUAUUGAUGGAGUUGUGCUCAUUACUCUCUGGAUCAACGUUGGGAGUGCUCUUUAUAAAGAUUGGGCUGUCUCGCGAGCCGUUGGGGCCGUCAAAGCUCUUAGGGCGCUUAGAUUACUGAAUGUCAGUGAUAGCGCCAAAGAUACGUUCCAUUCGGUUAUCAUUGUGGGAGGAUGGAAGGUCAUAGAAGCUGCUGCCGUCUCGAUGAGCUUUCUGAUACCAUUCGCUAUCUAUGGUGUCAACCUUUUUGCCGGACAGAUGGUUUCGUGCAAUGAUGGCGACGUGACAGGUAGCUUGGACUCGUGUGUUAAUGAGUAUGCCAGCUCGCCCUAUAACUGGGAUGUACUCGCACCUCGGGCCGCCUCGAAUCCAUUUUAUGACUUUGACAAUUUCGGCGACUCUCUUUUCAUACUGUUCCAGAUUGUCUCCCAAGAAGGAUGGACAGAUGUGCAGUCAAGUGCAAUGAAAAUCACUGGGGCCGGCAUGCAGCCGCAGGAUUCGGCGGCUCCGGAGAAUGGGCUGUUUUUCGUUGUGUUCAACUUGCUCGGUGCUGUCUUUGUGUUGACGCUUUUCGUAUCCGUCUUCAUGCGGAAUUACACUGAGCAAACCGGUGUCGCGUUUCUCACUGCUGAACAGCGAUCUUGGCUGGAAUUGAGGAAGCUUCUCCGACAGGUAUCUCCUUCCAAACGCUCAUUUGACAAGAAGACCCGGAAGUGGCAGCUGUGGUGCUAUCGUAUCGCCGUCAAAAAACAUGGGCGAUGGGCAAGAUGCGUGACCACAAUCCUUGUGCUUCAUAUCCUAUUACUAGUUUUGGAAUACUACCCGGAACCUUUCAUAUUUGAGUUUUGUAGAGACGCGUUGUUUCUCGUAUUCAACUUCUUCUACGCCGCGAAUCUCAUUAUCCGGCUUGUCGGAUUAGGCUGGCAUCGAUUCAGUAGAAGUUCUUGGGACCUGUAUUCAUUACUCGUGAUCCCCGGUACCAUCGUGAUGACAAUUCUUAAUUUUAUAUCGAAUCGCCAAGUCAUUGUGGAGCUGAGCAAACUGUUCCUGGUGGCUAUUACCCUCUUGAUCAUCCCACGGAACAAUCAACUUGAUCAGCUUUUCAAGACAGCCGCGGCUAGCUUGACAUCAAUUGGUAAUCUCCUCGCCACUUGGCUGGUCCUAUUCCUUGUCUUCGCGAUUGCGCUGAACCAAGCGUUUGGUCUUACCAAAUUUGGCGAAAAGGGAAAUAAUAACGUCAAUUUCCGAGAUAUCCCAAGAUCGCUCAUCCUGCUCUUCCGAAUGAGUUGCGGCGAAGGGUGGAAUGAAGUCAUGGAAGAUUUUGCCACGAUGGAGCCGCCAUUCUGUACGUCUAACGCUGGCUUGAAGGACGACUGUGGCAGCGCGGCAUGGGCUCGAACGCUUUUCAUUGCAUGGAACAUCAUUAGCAUGUAUAUUUUCGUCUCUUUGUUUGUGUCACUGAUCUUCGAAAGCUUUUCAUACGUGUACCAGAGAAGCAGCGGGCUCUAUGCGAUUAGUCGUGAAGAAAUUCGCCGCUUCAAGCAAGCCUGGGCGACCUAUGAUCCCGAAGGGGCUGGGUAUAUUUCAAAAGAACAGUUCCCAAGACUACUAGGAGAGCUCUCGGGUGUGUUUUCGAUGCGCAUUUAUGAUGACGAAUUCACAAUCGGACGUAUCUUAGAGGAGUGUAAAGUCGAUAGGAGGGACUCGCUGCUUGCGCACCGAAGAGUGGUCGAUGGGGUAGACCUUGACAAGAUGGCCAAGAUUUUGCGACGCAUCCCGCUCGACGAGGUCCGCGAGCGACGGCAGCGGCUCAACACCUUCUAUGAGGAAGUCCUGGUGUCCGCGGAUCCAGUGCGCGGCAUCUCAUUUGACUCGUGCCUUAUGAUCCUUGCUCAUCACAAUGUGAUCAAUGACAGUAAAAGCUUAAAGCUCGAAGAGUUCUUGCGACGACGUGCACGGCUACAGCGCGUCGAAGAAGCCGUUCGUCGCCAGACGGUUAUUGGGUUCUUCGACACUCUCUACUGGUCACGACAAUUCCGACGACAAGUUGAGCGCAACAGGUCCGCUCGGAUGACCGCUGUACCGCAAUUCACGGUCCCAGAGAUCUUUGUGGACGACGGAUCCCAGGACGACCAUCCACAAGAGGAUGCGAAAGCGAGGGCGAGAACGCCAGACCCCGAUAUGGCCAGUGGGGAACCGUCAUCGCAGCCCAUGCUAUCACCCAUCUCACCUACACCAGGGGAAGCUGGCCCAUCGUCGCAGCUGGGUCCUCUUCCACGAAUUGACACUGCUUUGGCCGGACGGAUAUCGGCGGCGAAUUCAUCUACCGAGUGGUCCAGCAUCAGUCCGUCCCUCUCGCCAAACCGUGCUCGAGCGCAUACAACCUCGUCAUACGGUGACGGGCCAGAUCUGCAUGAUGAACUUUCUGUGGCUUCGGAGAAUUCGCGACAGGACAGUACGAUGAACGCACGGGACGUGAUGCAAUCGUUGGAUGACUCCGCAUGGGGUGAAAGUAUCCGGCGUAGCUUCACUCAGCGUCGCCGACGGGAUAGCUGAGAUGCCGACUGGGAUAUGAGUCAUGUUGUCAUGAAUUUUGCAGAGUAAUGUGGACCAUGUAUAACGGGGGCUCCUGUUAUUUUUUUUUAUAUUAUUUUUUCUUUUCUUUUUGUGGAUGUAAGACCUGUACAGAUAUCAUAUUCUAUAUCCACUAGACUUGGGUAAUUGCAUAGCGGUGGCGUGAGGGAGAAAUGAUUGAUUCCGUUAGAUUAGAUGAACACAGAGGACAUAUG